CAUUCAGCUGAUUGGAAGUCUACAAAUUGUGUCAUUUCCAGCGUGCUCUGGAUCUUUCAGUCAUGGUGACUCAUCUCUACCUAGGUGUGAUAAUCUUGGCUGUUUUUGCAACAACUGUUGCUAAUGCAGAUAUCAAAGUGGUCUGUGCAAAAGACUCUGUGAAAAUCACAUGGAGGAUCAGUGCUGAGCUGGUGCCACAUGCAGCUCGGCUCUUCCUUGGAAGCUGCAUGCCAUCCCGGCUGAACGUUUUGCCCACCGGAGAAGGGGAAGCACUCUUCAACUACCACUUUGCUGACUGCAAAUUUAAAAAACUGAUGAAAGGAAAACGUCUCCUAUAUCAAAAUGAACUGACUUACAGGCCACAACCAAAGUCCAAACCAGCAGCCUUUGUGUAUCCCAUUGAAUGUGUUUAUAAAAGACCUGAGAAGUGGAUUCCCACUUUUCUGAACCCUGGGAUGGGUUUUUCUGAAGGUCGAGGCGGGCUGGUCUUCCACAUGGCACUCCUCAAUGAGCAAUUAACAGGUGUAGCAAAGACAAAUAUCAUCCCCCUUGGCUCGUUCAUGCCGAUAUGGGCAGCAGUGGAGCAGAAGUCCCAUCAACCUUUGCUGCUGCUCAUGGAGGAAUGUGUGGCAGCCACUACACCAGAGCUGCAGCCUGGUAGUCAAGUUUACCCCAUCAUUAGCAAUAAAGGAUGUCUUUUGGAAAGUAUGAGGGGAAACUCUUUGUUCCUCCCUCGGUACCACUCGUCUGCAAUUGUUCUCUACCUACAGUCCUUCAAGUUUGGGCUCGGAGAGGAAGUGUACAUUCACUGUAAGUUGGUUGCAUGGGAUCCUGACGUUCUUCAUGAAACCAAGAAAGCCUGUCAUCAUGUAAAGGAAACUGGGAGAUGGGAACUACUCGAUGACCCCUUAAAGAGCUCUCUCUGUAGCUGCUGUGAUUCAACCUGCACCUCCCGCCCCAAAAGAGGAGUUGACUGGGAAUCCCACAGCUUUAGUCACAAUUCUGUGUUGGGACCCCUGAUCAUUGUGGAUCCGUUGGACUCAGUGGUUCACAACAUACCACAGGAAAGUGUGGUCUGAGCUGACUGGAAACUCCAUGAUCAUGGACAACAGCAGGCCAGUAGCAGAUGGUCUCAGGACAUUAACUUUACAUGAACUCAGUUUAAGCUGAUUGCAGGUUCAUUUGAAGCUGGUAACAUGUAUCUUUAACACUCUGUACAAAUAAACCUGAUGUAAACUCCUGU